AUGUGUUGCAGAGAGGUCCUUGAGCGCUUCUACUGCGAGAUCAAGAUCAUGAAGCGGCUGGAUCACCCAAGCCCGGGCCUUUUAAAGAUAAACAGCUCGCAGUUUCAUGCAGGCUUUGCGAGGGGCAUCAUCAAGCUCUACGAAACCUUCGAGGACAAGCGCAACAUCUACCUCAUUAUGGAGAUGUGCUCAGGCGGCGAGCUUUUCGACCGCAUCGUAGAGGCGGGCCACUUCAAGGAGUCGCAAGCGGCACUCGUCAUGAAGCAGAUGGUCGGCGCCAUCUACUACCUCCAUACCAACCGGAUCUGCCAUCGGGAUCUGAAGCCCGAGAACUUCCUGUUCCAGACGCAGGAUAAAAUUGAGAACAACCUCCUGAAGCUGAUUGACUUCGGCUUGGCGACCAGGUUUGAGCCAGGCCAGAAGUUGACCACGAAGUCUGGCACCCCGUACUAUGUGUCACCGCAGGUCCUGCAAGGGAGCUACAAUGAGCUUUGUGACGUUUGGAGCUGCGGCGUGAUCAUGUAUGUUCUCCUCUGUGGCUAUCCGCCCUUCCUGGCCGACACAGACCCGCAGGUUUUGGCGUUGGUCCGGAGGGGGCAAUUCUCUUUUCCGGCGGAGGACUGGGCUCAGGUUUCCUCUGAUGCAAAGGACUUGAUCAAGAGCCUUCUCGAGGUGGUGCCCUCCCAAAGAUACACCGCCGAGCAGGCCUUGAACCAUAUAUGGAUCAAGCAGAAGGCCCCCCAUGCCAAGAAUGAGCCGCUGAACACGACCUCUGUCAGCAACCUCCAGAAGUUUAAUUCCACCAACCACUUCAAGAAAGCAGCAUUGCAGGUCAUUGCGACGCAGCUGAGCGAGGAUAAGAUCCAGAACCUGCGGAAUCAGUUCCUGGCGCUGGACCAGAACGGCGAUGGAAUGCUGAGCAUUAAGGAAAUUAGUGAUGGCCUGAAGGCGGCUGGAAUGAACCCAGCCGACAUGCAGGGCAUCUUGAACAGCGUCGACACCGACGGGAGCGGCUGCAUUGAGUACAAGGAGUUCCUGGCGGCGACCUUGGACAAGAGGAUGUAUCUUCAGGAGGAUGCGCUUUGGUCCGCCUUCUGCGUCUUCGACAAGAAUGGGGACGGCAAGAUCUGCAUGGACGAGUUAAAGCAAGUCCUGGAAGAUGACAGUGUCGGAGCCCUUGUCAAUUCCAAGCAGCUGGCCGCUGAGAUCUUCAGGGAGGUUGACGAGGACGGCUCGGGAGUGAUCGAGUUCGAAGAGUUCGUGCAGAUGAUGCGGAAAUCGUGA